GUCAACUUGCUGGCAUUUGGUGGAGUGACUGAACCUUGCCAGACCUGCUUGUCACCUGACACUAACAUUGUCUUUGGAGUGAGGGAGAUCUAGCCAUGCUUUCUGAAGCUCUGCCCUGCUUCCAGUUACUCCGAAUGGGCCCGGCCUCUUCUGGGGAUUUGCCAAACCGGGAUCUCUACACUUUUCGACCUGCCAAGCCCAGCUGCAUUUAUCGUCUGGGUCGCCGAGCUGAAGUUUGUGAUGUCAUUCUGGUGUCGGAGCAAAAUCCAGCCUUGAUCUCCCGGGUCCAUGCAGAGAUACAUGCAGAACGGGAUGCUGACAGCAUGGCAGGGGAAUGGCGAGUGGGCCUGGUGGACUGUAGCAGUUAUGGUACAUACAUCAAUGCCCUCCGCAUGUCCCACGGCCAGCGGGUGGAUCUGAACGAUGGGGACCUUCUGACUUUCGGCCAUCCCAGCCCGGUGGCCGAGGGUUGCGUCUUGCCGCCGCCGCACGGCGACUCCGAGUUUUAUUUCCUCUUCCAGAAAGUCCGUGUCCGGCCGCAAGACUUUGCAGCUAUCACCGAACCCAAAGCCCCCUGGGCUUCCUCCUCCGGUUUCCGGCCCGUCUUGCCUUCCGACAACCAUCGCAUCCGGCCCCUGUCCCGUCAUUCGCCCACCUCCCUCUCUUGCCGUCCUAAAGCCACCCUCAUCCUCAGCUCCAUCGGCAGCCUUAGCAAGCUGAAGCCCCAGCCCUUUACUUUCUCUUUGAGCCGGAGCCAGUGCAGGGAUCCUCCUGCCCAGCCGAAACCAUCCCGCAAUCGCCGAAAGUCAGUUCACACGGUGCUUCCUGAACUAGAGGAUGAAAUCGCCCGUCUGGAAGAAGAGCAGCCACCCCCAGACAAGGAGCAGCGCUUGGGGACUUACCGGUGUUGCCAGAGUAGCAAUUUGAGGCUCCAGCAAAGAACGCAGGAAGGGAGCAAAACGACCCAGGAAGAUGUCGAACCAAAACUUCAUAUCACACCAAGUGGAAAGCGUCGUGGCCGGCCUCGGAAGAAUCCUUUGGGAAGCGCUGGCCAAGUUUUCUCCCAGUCACUGUCUGCCCUGGAGCCGUGUGCGGCUCCCCGGUGCCGCCUUCCCCAGGAUGAGAUGGUGGAGUGGGUCCAGUGCGAUGGCUGCGACGCCUGGUACCACGUGGCCUGUGUGGGUUGCAGUUACAGCGUGGUGAAAGAGGCGGAUUUUCGGUGUGUUGCCUGCCGUUCAUAAUGCCAGAAAAUUCUCCACAGAAAACGGGUCCCAUCAGUGACCAAGAAGAUUUUUUUUAAAAAAUAAGAUCCCUGAUGGAUGCAUGUAGACUACUGAAAAUUUGCACAGGGUAAGCCUUCCUUCAAAGAUAAGGAAGCAGAGAUUGAAUAGGGUGAGCUGUGGCUAUGUAGAAAGGAAUACCCCCUUCCCUUAGACAGAAUGGGGCGAGCAACGUUGGACACGUCGUCAUCCCCGUUUCUUGGGAAAUCAUUGCCGUGCUGAGAACGUGCCACGCUAGCCUUUGUGGGAAUGUAUCAUGCUGUCAAACUGCUACCUGGUGAUCAUCUGGAGAAGGUCCACAAGAGCCUGGAGAACAAGGCAAUGGACUCUUGGUGCAGAGGCGUCACUCCUGAAGUCGUUUGAUCCUUCCAGCCCUGCAGAAGAUGUUCAGGGAAGAACAAUCCAUACGCCAGUUGACUUGGGUAACAAAUUCAUAAAACAGCCAAACAGGCCAAAGUCAGAUUGGCACCAGCUUUUGGAUCCACACCAAAUGGUCUGAUCGCCAUCAGUGCCUCACAGCAGGGAGAAAACACAGAAAAAGCAAACUUGGGAAGGCCGUUCCAAGAAUUGCACCUCCAGAUUUGAGGCUCUUCAAGUUCACGCAUGGGACAAUUUUCCAAGAAUAGGAGAUGCCUUGAAAGAGGGACACCUGCUGCUC